AUGGGUGCCUACAAGUACAUCGAGGAGCUUCAAAAGAAGAAACAGUCGGAUGUCCUCCGAUUCCUUCUCCGUGUGAGAUGUUGGGAGUAUCGACAACUCAACGUUAUCCACCGUGCUUCCCGUCCAUCACGUCCCGACAAAGCACGCCGACUGGGUUACAAGGCUAAACAAGGAUAUGUCAUCUACCGAGUCCGUGUCCGCCGAGGAAACCGCAAGAAACCCGUGAAGAAGGGUGCAACCUUCGGUAAACCCGUUCGACAGGGUGUCAACCACCUCAAAUUCCAAAGAUCUCUUCGUUCAACAGCUGAAGAACGAGUGGCUCGCCGAUGUGGCAACUUGAGGGUAUUGAACUCUUACUGGAUCAACCAGGACGGAGUCUACAAGUAUUUCGAGGUUAUCCUCGUUGACCCUUCGCACAAGGUUGUAAGACGUGACCCCCGCAUGAACUGGAUCUGCGACCCUGUUCACAAACGUCGUGAAAGUCGUGGUCUUACCGGAGCUGGAAAGAAGAACCGUGGUCUUGGAAAGGGACACCGUCACAAUCACCAACCGAAGAAUGCUGUCUGGAGGCGGAACAACACUCUGUCUCUCCGUCGAUACAGAUAG